AUGACAACCAUUACACCAAAAUCUUUAACAAACGAGGGCUUGAAAACUGCAUUUCUUUUUAACGAGUUCAUUGAAAACAGUGAGUAUGAGUACAAAAGUGCAGAUGAUGAUAAUAUUUUUGAUAAUGAGACUACAAGUUAUGUAUCUAGAAGCUUUGAUAGAAACAGUAAUCAUGAUUCUGACAAUAUUGAUACCUUUACUUUGAAUAAAGUGAGCUUUGAGAAUGUGAGAAUUUUUGCUGAAAAUAACGAGAUUCCUUAUGACACUUUUUGGAAGGAUGAUGAUGGUCUCGAAAAUAAUUUUAUAUUUUCAACAGAAUUAGAAUCAACAUCAACUAUUACACAUGAUGAAAGUAUUAUUUUAGAAGACUCACACUUUGUUAUUAGUAGAAAUACUGUACAAUCAUUAUCAUCUUGUGUUAUUCUGGAUAUUAUAAAUAGUCAAUUUCAACAAUGCUGUGCUGUAACAUUAAACCAACAACCUUUAACACAACUUAUUGGUACAUGGGAAAUUGAUAAAAAAACAUUUGAAAAUGCAAAAAGUAAUAAUCAACUCUACAACUUGGGAGUGUGUUCAUUACACUUCUCCUAUGAUGCUGCCAAACUUCAUUUGUCACAAGCUAAGAAAGAAUAUCGUGGAAAAACUACUGGAAGUAAAAAAAAUCGUAGUUUUUCUUGUGAAGAAAAGCAUAUAAAUAAUAAUACUGAAGCUCUUAAAAUAUUUGGAAAUUGGAUCUUACAAAUUGCUACUACAGAUAAUGAAGAAACAAAAAGAGAAUUAUUAGCCUAUUCUGAUAAUGAUGAUGUGAUAAAACCCUUAUUCAAUGAGUUCCAAUUUACUAAUAACUUAUUAAAUAUUUAUGAAAAUAUUUUUGUCAAACUUCUAGAAAAUAAAUUAAGUAAUUGGGAUGUUGAAGACGUAUUGAAAGAGAUUAAAAAAAAUAUAUCAUCUGGAUGUAAAGUAACACCUCCAAAUGUAGUUAUUUUGAAGUCCAGAGACAAUCCUAAUUGUGAUGCAAAUGUGCAUCAAGCUUGUGCAAUGUAUUUUGAUGAUGUCAGAUUAGAAAAUACUAAUCAUAUUGAUCAUACAUCAAAGGAUAUGUGUAGUGCUCUAAUCACAAUUUUUUCAGGUUAUGGUAUUUUUAGUUUAGCUGCUAGAUUAGGUGUACUUUAUCUUAAUAAGUUAGAAAAAGUUGUUAAUUAUUCUGCAACUUGUAAGGGAGCCUAUUGGUUAGGUUAUAAAGUUGGAAUUAGAAAAGGCAAUUUCGAUAUGCAAUUUAGAAAUCUUGCUGCUUUUUCAUCUCUUUUUCUCGUGACGAGAAAAAGUAAUUAUGCAAGAUCUGUUACUUAUUUUCUAUCUUAUGUUGAGCAAGUUUUUGAGUUUCAAAGACUACUUAGACAAGUAUGUUUAGUAAACAUUAUAUGUGAAGAUCAUUUUAUAGAGUUUGAUGAAGCGUUGGAAAGAAAGAGAAAGAUAGAGUUACUAAUUUCUGAAUAUAUUAGUAAUAAACUUUAUAUUAAAAAGAAAAGAACUAUAAAAUCUAGAAAAGAUUCUCUUUGGAAACUUAUAUCCGAUUUAGUAGAUGCAUUUUCUCAGCCUGAUUUAUCUUCACAUGAACUUUUUUUACAUAUUAAAGAAAUUAAUGAAGCUGGUUUUUAG